AUGGUCAAUGUUGUUCCCCCAGAUGAGCACCUUUGCCCCAAAGGAGCCCAGGUCCAUCUUGCCAGUCUGCAAUGCUAUUGGCUGUCAGUGUCAGCAACAUCAUGGCUGGAGGCGAAGGGUAUCUGUCGUCAGGUGAAGGGUGGGGAUCUUGCCACAGUCCGAAGCACUGAAACUCAGACAUUCAUCCACAACUCCUUCAAAUUAAAAUCCACUGAGUGGGUCUGGCUGAGGGAUGGCAGGGGAGAAGGGACGGAUAGAAGCGAGGGUUUGGGAACAGGAAGCCACCCUGGGCAGGACAGGGACAGGGGCAGGGAGAGCCUGGGGGGCUGUACCCAGAUGGACCUGGGUUCACCAGGACAGAGGAGGAACACAGUGUGUGAUGGACAGUACCUCUUCCUCUGUGAUAAGGUGGUUACAGUUUCCCUGCCUUCGUUAGACAGCUACAUCACAGGUGUUCCUCUCAUGUCGGGUGUGUACGCCAGGUCACAGCUACAAGUCCUCCCUACAGUCCCAGACCCUGACCAAAAGAGAGUGGAGAUGCUGCUGUUUCCUGGGCUGUGGUUCAGCCAUGCUGGCCAGGUGGUAUCAGUGGAGCUGGUCAGCCAGCCCAGAGAAGUGUCCACCUGGGUCAGAGUUCAGAUCCUCCGGCCCUACUGCAGCCCCCACCAUCACCUGGUGCCCCCAGGUUGCAGUUCUCUCCUGAACCCGUUCAGUUGUUGCUCUAUCACCCCUCUGUGUAACACUACGGGAGGCUGUGCCCUGGGACAGUACUGGUGCCACCUGUUGGAGGCCUGUGUCCCUGUCACCAGCCCCUGCAGUCCCUACAACCAGUCCCCCUCUACAGGGGAGCGCAGCUACCCCCUGCCCCCCAGAUACCCUGACAUACCCCCCUUCUACCACCUGGUGGCAGACCUGCCCAUGAGAGUGGCUCCUUGCUCAGAGCCUGCUCAUAUUAGUGUAUGUAUCCUGCCAGAGAGGGAGAUCAGUGUUUACCCAGAUGACAUUCUGUCCAUCCAACACACCGGGAGACCUGGAACCUUCCUGAGUUGCCGCGACAACGCCUCCUCAUCCUCCUCCCCCUGGCGACAAAGCUACCUCUCCCUGCAAGGGGCGGAGUGGGGGGGCUGGUGGGAGGGGGGCAUCUCGUCCCAGCCGGAUGGAGGGCAGUGGGUGGACGGGGUGGUGUGCGACCUACGGGUGCUGUACGUCGACACACUGCAUGGGCAUGGCUAUAUUUCAAGUUCGGGCCAGAGUGAACUUAGUGGCUUCACUCACAUUGGGAACAUCAGUACGCCCAUAAGUAUGACCCCUGAAACCUCAGCUCCUGCCCCAGCAAAAAGUCACAUUUCUGGCCUUUGUAUGAUCCAUCCUCUGCCUGAUGGAGACAACCAGAUCCAUGUAUUGAUUGACAAUCCUAUACUGAUUGUGGUUAAAAUAUUCUCUGGAAAAGGGGCCACCAGCUCCUGGUUGGCUCCGGUGCUCCAGACAGGGGUCCCCUUCCUCCCGUCCUGCCCAGGAGAAUUACCUGACUCCUGGCCUGGUUGUGAGAGAGACUCCCCUGACAGCUGGUUCUCCCACAUGUCCCUGGUGCUACCCUCAGUGGGCGUCCACUCUCUAAACAUCAGUGCUGUGAAUGGAGUGAGUGAACAGAGUACCUGUGUACAGGUGUGUGUCUAUGAGCCGGUGGCUGGGCUCAGUGUAGAGCCACAUGGACAUCUGAGGAUGCUGGUGGACUUGUCACAGGCAUUUACAGCCAUGGCGGAGACUGGUUCCUCAGUAAAGUACACCUGGGUGAUUGACAAGCUGGAUAAGUUUUCCUAUGAGGGAGACACCUAUAGUGUGAUGUUCAAGAAGCCAGCCGAGUACAAACUGAAGACUCUAGAGGUCACUCUGACUGCUGACACCAUGACACCUCUGGCCGACCCAGAAUUCCUCUCUGUCAAGGAGGUUAUCGCUGUGGCCUCACUGCGUUUCUACACUUUCAGGGUCAAAGUUGAUGUCUCCCUAGGCGUCACUUUCAGGUGGUCUUUUGGGGAUGGCAGUGCCCAGGAAAACCACACCUUUCCUGCCCUGUUUGAGUCCCAGGACAGGCCAGUGGAGCGAGGAGUGAGACAGGUGUAUGUGCAAGACUCUGUGAGCCACGUCUACCUACAGCCAGAUGACUACACACUGACUGUACAGGUCUACAACCAAUACGACAGCAUCAAGGGGGCCAUAUCACUGAAGGUACGGCCUCCAUUGACUCGUAUACUCAUCUCCCCAUCUCCUCCGGUUCCCCUGGUCAACCAGACCUUUCUUCUUGAAGCCUCUUCAUACCCAUCUCACUACGGAAUCCUGUACACUUGGAACUUUGGGGACGGUUCAAAGGAAAUCCAAGGAUUCCACGGCGAAAUUAGCCAUGUUGCUCGGACCACUGGGGUUUAUAACAUGACUGUGUGCGCUAACAACACCUUGACUGCACUGACAGCCUGGGUGGCCGUGGCAGUGGUGGAGAAGGUAUCUGGACUCCAGUUGAGCUGUAGUGGACCCAGUGAACUGAAGUCUGCAACUGAAAUCAAGGGCAAAGUGGCUUCAGGUUCCAGUCUUCACUGGGACUGGGACUUUGGUGAUGGGUCUGGACAUAAAAACAUCACAGACAACUCUGCAUCCCAUGUCUACGAGUCCCCAGGGAGUUACACAGUCAAAGUGACCGUGUCUAACACAGUCAGCCAGGCUAGCCAGUCCAUCCGUCUGGAAGUCUACAGGUUGGCCAUCAGUGGAAUUCUGCCAUCGGAGUGUUCCGAGACAGAGAAAGAGAUACCGCUCCAAGCACUGGUGAAUGGGAAUGUUUCCAUGCUGACUUUCCAUUGGAAUUUCGGGGAUGGAUCACCUUUGUCAGUACAGAAGGGAAAGUCUGUUGUUACUCACACUUAUUCAAACUCUGGGGUUUAUAACGUUAACAUAACUGUUCUCAGUAUAGUAGGAUAUGUCUUUUAUGAUGCCAACGUUUGCAUUGAGGCCCCCAUUACCGGGUUAACCAUCCACCCAUCACAGGAUGCUGUGGCAGUAGGAAAAGAGGUGUGUUUUAAUGCAGUUGCUGCCCCCAAAAGACAGCCCACUGGAUAUCAGUUUCUGUGGCUCAAUCAUUCAUCCAACAGCUCUCCUAUAAGAGGACUGGCUCACCAUUGCUUUGUGUAUAAGGAGGAAGGGAUCCAGGAUGUUUCAGUGAUGGUAAGUAACAAAGUCAGCCAGAGCAUAGCCAAAGCCACUGUUGCUGUGCAGAAGCCUGUGAGUAAACCAUCCAUAGCACAUAGCAGUCAAAGCAACACACUGACUGUCAAUGAGAAGAUGACACUUUGGGUCAAGAGUUGCCCUGGGACCAAUGUUUCUGUGCAGUGGGACUUUGGUGACGGCUCACCACUGGCAAAGAGUCUAAAUGUUUCCCAUGUCUUUACUUCCGCUGGUAGGUUUACAGUCAAGGCCACAGCUUCUAAUGCAGUUAGCCUGGAUUCUGUUAACCUGGAAGUGAACGUACUGCUUCCUGUGUCAGACCUGGAGCUGAAAAUCAGCCAGCCAUUUGCGGUAGUAGGAGAAAAGACUGUCAUAACAGCAGUUGGCAAUGUUUCAGGUAAUGUCAAUUUCUACUGGUCAGUGGAUGGCCCUGAUACCACCACUGAGCUUGGGACGUCUCACUUUCAGUAUGUGUUUCUUAAAGCAGGUGUGUAUCAGGUCAAAGUCACAGCCCAGAACCUGGUGAGCCAACAGGAGGCAGCCAUUUUGAUUAUAGUUUUAGAGAGAAUACAAGGGCUUCAAUUCUCAAGUCUGAGCCUGACAUCCAUGAGCUACAUACCAACCAGAGAGAAUGUCUUGCUCACUGCGUCAGUAACACAUGGCUCCAAUGUCACUUACCAUUGGCUAGCCAACCAGAGAGGUGUGACCCAAACUGGCAGUGUUGGUGAGCAUUUUGUGUGGUUCACUGAAACUCCAGGUAAUAUAUCUGUUGAGUUGACAGCUUCCAACGGACUUGGUAAGACGACCAGCCGUAUUUCUCUAAAGGCAGUAGAGCGAGUUUCAGGGGCUAGAAUGUCUACAGCUAGAGACACCAUACCAUUAGAGAAGUAUACCAACAUCUCUGUAACUGUGGAGACUGGAUCUGACCUUCAGUAUCUCUGGAAUGUGAACUCAGACCUUUCACCCUUACAGACUGAUGUUCCUUUUCUUCUUUACAUGUUUGAGACUCUGGGUUCUUGUUCUGUCAGUGUGUCGGUCCAGAAUGUUCUCAGUUCAAGCAACGCCACCAAACAUUUCACAGUUCAGGAGGAGGUUAGAGAGGCAGACUUUCAGGUAGGUGGCAAGACACAUCCAUUCUUUAUAACGUCCAAUACUCAAGUUGCACUCUAUGGAUAUGUCAAUAAAGGGAAUGAUCAGCACUGGGAGUGGAAAGUUGUUGAGUGUACUGGAGGUGCUGUGGUUUUGGACAACAAUCAGUCAGUUAUCUAUACCUUUACAGAUGUAGGGGUCUAUAAUGUCUCUCUGAACGUCUCUAAUUGUAUUAGCUGGCAGGCAGUCUCACACAGAGUCACCAUCCAGGAUGCUAUUCAGGGCUUGACUCUAAACCUUAGCAGGUCUACGGUCUGCGCUGAAGAUCAUAUUGCUUUUACACCAUUCGUUUCCAAAGGAACCAAUGUCAGCUUCUCUUUAGCCUUUGAUGAAGUUGAGCCAUCAUAUGACCUUGUUGAGGUAAGCUUCACCACCUCCACCCUCCCAGUUGGGUCUCACUCUGUCACAGCCCGAGCCUGGAACAAGGUGAGCAACUCCCAGGUGUCAUUGACCGUCCAGGUGGUUGAGAGGAUCGGAGGCCUACGACUGGUCAACUGCUGUUCCACUGCUCUAGAAGCUCUAAAGGAGGUCCCUUUCCAAGCAAUUGUCACGAGUGGUUCUCCAACCGAUUACACCUGGACGAUCCAAUUAGAAGGGUUCCAGCCCUUACAGGUCAUUGGACAGGAAGUGAUAUAUACCUCACCCGGAAGUGGUUUGUUGUCUGUGGGUGUGAUGGCCAGUAAUGGCUUCUGCUCUGAAACCCUGAAUGAGACAGCUAUUGUUCAGUUGCCUGUGAGGGAGGUCACGAUUGUUUGUGAUUCUACAGAAAACUUUAGAGGCUAUAGUGUCAGAUUCUCAGUCACAGCAGAUGGUGGCAGCAAUUUGAGGUUUCAAUGGGGCUUUGGAGACUCAAGUGAAGGAGUUGUCGUCACAAAAUCCAAUACAGUGGAUCACACAUAUCUCACUGCUGGAAAAUAUAUUGUUCAAGUCACAGCCUUCAAUAACAUCAGCCAGGUCUCCACACAACUGCUCACUGAGGUGAGAGAACUCCAGUGCUCACUCCCUCAGGUCACUUUAGUCCAGGGCCAAUCCACAAUCGUCAAGUCUAGAUCCAGCUACUUUGAAGCAAGCGUAGACAUCAAAGGCUGCACCGCAUACAAGACCAUGUACCUAUGGGAAGUGUUUAGGGGAGUGGCUGUGGAGCUGACAAGACUGACGACACUCUGCAGUGGACAUCCAGUAACCCUGAUUAACCUGGUGGGUGUGACUACACCACUGUUGUCCCUCCCUAAGCAGGCCCUGGAGGUGGGCCAGUACUGCCUGGGGUUCACUGUCUCUCUCCAGGGAACCCCUCUACGUCUGUACAGGACGUCCAGGCUCUCUGUGGUUCACAGUUCCCUGGUACCCAUCAUCAGGGGGGGAUCGCAUAGACUGGUGUCAAGCCACAGUGACCUGAUCCUGGAUGGGUCAGAGUCCCAUGAUCCUGACGGAGAGGAAGGGGAGCUGAACUACCACUGGGAAUUCAUCACUGAGGUGGCGGUAUCUAAAGUUGCAGUGCUUCCUGUAAGUGUGGAGUGUGUUUCCUGCAGUCGUCUCUCUUCUUUCCGUGUCAGCCAGAGUCGCCCCAUUGUGCUCUCUGGUCGUUGUGACAAGUGUGGCAGCCGUGUUCAGUACAAAUGGAGCGAAAAGGAUCAGAACGGCGUGAUCCUUGACCUGAACAAGGUGACCACUACGGGCAGUCUCUCUCCUGAACUGGUGGUCCGACCGGGGGUGCUGCAGGAGGGGUGUAACUAUACCUUCACCCUAAAUGUUACCCACUCUGCUCGGGGAAGAUGGGGGUUUGCUAGCCUGACCCUCCUGCCCAACCCUCCACCCCAUGGAGGGGUGUGUACUCUUACUCCAGGCCCUGGGGAGAACAUACACCUGCUGGAGACUGUGGUAACAUACAACUGCUCAGGUUGGCUGGAUGAGGAUAGUGAGUCCCCCCAGAUUAUCUAUAUUCUCCAGGUGGCAUCGUCAUGCCCAGGCUGGGGCCAAGCCUGUCCCCUUCUCACCCUCUACAGGGGUACGCAGCAUACAUUUGGCAGCCUGGUGCCUCUGGGGGAGGUGGGGCCAGAGAAGGACCGGUCAAUCAUCUCUGUGAUCCUGCAGGUAGAGGACCACCUGGGGUCAAAGGUCACAGCACUUAACAGAACUAUAACAGUGCUGAGACCUGUGGCUGGAGAUAGGAUCACAGAGUGGCUGAGGAACAAGAGCCAAACCGAACUAUCGGGUUUACUUCAACAGGGUAACCCACAGCAGCUCAUUCCCUAUUCCAUCGCCCUCACCAGCCAGCUCAAUCAGGUGGAUCUGACUUUGAGUGAGGAGGAUCUCAGGGACAGGAGGGAGAUCAGGGGGAAUGUGACACAGGCGCUGGCCUCUCUGUCUGUGUACUCUCUACAGGAUGCAGCCCAGAUCAGCUUAGCCCUGGCCCAGUCCACUGCAGUCCCAAGUGAGGUGGUGUGUGAGGGCUGUCAGGAGAAUGUUCUAGAUUCUGUGGGGAGAAUGAUCAGGGUUAUGGAAGAGCAGAUGGGACUAGGAGAUGACACAGCCAUAGACACGGGCAGAAAUAUCCUCCAUGUGAUAGGCAAUUCGUUGGCUGCUGUGUCCAAGUCCAAGCUCGUCUCCUCUGGUCCUCACACUCACUCUAAUGUAUCUGAAACUGCAGUGUCAGCCCUGGACCAUGCCAGGGCUCUCAUGCGUAUUCUGAUGCGCUCGCGGCCACGCGACGAGGAACCCCUCUCUCUCUCUGCUCCACAGAUCAGUGCCGUUGGUUACCACGGAAACCCCUCGGAACUCCUCUGCACCACUGACCCCUCGGUCAACACCCGCCAAUCAAACCAGUCCAACAAAUGGCAAUUAAACCCUGACAAGUCAGAGUCAUACCCAGCACAUCCACCCUGCCAGUUCCUCAUUCCCUCCUCUCUCAGUGCCCAGCUCCAGCGUCAGGUCCAGGGAUCUGAGGUGGUACAGAUUCUCCUGGGUUUGGAAGGGGGGUCUGAGUUCUUCUCAGCAGCCAACCCACCUAUUUCUACUUCUCUGGCUGCCAUGGAGUUCACCACGCCCCAGGGACAGCCCAUACCCAUUGCUAACCUGGACACUGACAGAUCUAUCAGGGUUACUUUGCCCUUAAUAUAUACUGUAGGAAGGAUCGGCGCUGGGCAUCGGGCUAGUGGAAGUGGGUCUGGGUCUAGAUCUGGUGGAAUUGACAGAGCCGAGGGACGAGCCCCAAUGGUUAACUUUACACUCCGAGCCGAAGGGUGGCUGGAUUUUACAGUGAGGGCAAUGAAGAAUAUGGAUCCCAAUGCUGGACUGUACAUCUCCUUAAACUUCAGCCUGCUUCCAGGAGUUUCUCUGGUGGGCUCAGGACAUGUGAGAAUCACAGUGGCCACCCAGCCAGGUCAUCCUGCCUCCCAUGAUUCCCUAGUCAGAGAGCUAGCCCUCUCCCUCUCCAGCCAGUCAUCCGUGGAGGACACCAUCUUCCUCUCUCCUCUACUUAACAACACAGUACAAUCUCUCUUUGUGAACCUGACAUCCAGUCUGAGUGGAGCUCCAGUCCAGGCCUCAGUGUGUGUGUUCAGCUCUCUUUGCCAGUACUACAGCCUGAGGAAGAGGCGCUGGAGCGCUGAGGGCCUCCGGCCACUGGAGGGCAGCACCCUCCACUCAGCACACUGCCUCACCCAGCACCUCACCAUGUUCGGGGCCAGUCUGUUUGUACAUCCAGAUGCUGUGGUGCUACUGCCACCGUCCAGUGGUCCAAUGCGUAAUGUGGUAGUGGGGAUUGUGUGUGCUGUCCUGGUUCUGAUCCACUUCCUCCUGGGUCUGAUCGCCCACAAACUGGACCACCUGGAGAGCCUGAGACUAUGCCAUGUACCACUGUGUGGCCGACCUGGACGCUACAGCUACAGAGUCCUGGUCAAAACAGGCUGGCGACGAGGAGCAGGCACGACGGCCCACGUGGGCAUCAGUCUGUACGGGGUGACUAAAAGCGGUUCACGCCACCUGCAGCGGGAGGGGGCGUUCCAACGAAGUGGUCUGGACCUGUUCCACCUGGAGACGGACAGCAACCUGGGAGAGGUGUGGAAGAUACGCCUCUGGCAUGACAACACAGGUCUGGACCCAUCGUGGUACGUGCAGCAUGUGGUGGUGUGGGACCCUCAGACAGACCACCUGUUCUACUUCCUGGUAGAAGACUGGCUGUCUGUGGAGAACGACAGGAACAAGGGAGGAGGGACAGUGGAGAAGGAGAUGUUGGCCUCCUGUCCUGAGGAGCUGUCUCAGUUCCAACGUGUUCUCUCCUCCCAGCUGGCGUUUGGAAUGCUGGAGCGCCACCUGUGGCUCUCUCUGUGGGAACGCCCCGCCCACAGCCGCUUCAUGCGGGGGCAGAGGGUGACGGUGUGUGCCCUCCUGCUACACCUCUACCUUGCACUAGGGGCAUUGUGGUACGGGGCUGUGGGCACAGAGGGGCAUAGUGUACCGGUUUCGGCCCGGUUGCUUGUAACCUGGGAAACGGUUGCAGUGGGGAUGACUAUUGCCAUCCUGGUGUUUCCUCUCCAGUGUCUCCUCUGCUUCCUGUUGCGAAAGACUCACAGCCAGGUAGCGGAGGAUAUGUCAGUGCCUCCAUCCCCUGUGUGUCAGUCAGUGGAGAUGGGCGUCCAUCUCGGCCAAUCAGAUCUUUCCUGCUCCUCCUUCCUGUCUUUGCCUGAAGGACCUGAUCUGCCAGGCCUGGGUGGAGACACACCCUCUUCUCUGAUGGGAAGCAAGGCAUUCAACGCUGAGUUCUGGAAUGCCACUAACCUGGGAGUGGAGAAGGAAGGAGAUGGCAUGACCCUGUGGCCCUCCUGGGAAAUAACCUCUGACCCCUUGGGAUCAUCCAUGGGUCAUGCCCGUCUGCUGAAGAGGAAGAAAGCCCUGACAAAGCUAUGCCUAGCCUCACCCUCCUCACCCCGAUUUCUCAUCUCCAACCCCCCACCCUCCUCUACUGCACCUGUGGGUCCAUCCCGAUCCCUGUCUGGCCUGCAUCCAGACCACAGCCACGGACACAACCUGCAACCUAAUGUCCUUACCCUGUCUGAGGAGGACCUGUUGAGGUCUAUAGCAGCAGACACAGGAGUGUCCGACAGUCCCUCAACAUCAGACAGUGGCCGCUACUCCCCCAGGACCACCUCUCUGUCCCACAGCCAGAGCCGGGGCAGCUCCUGCAGUGGCUGGUCUGAGCUGAGUGUGGACAAACCACUCUAUGGGACAGAGAUCCACAACCCCCCCUGCUCUCCCAUCUCUCUGCACGGGACAGGGCUGUUUAGGCCUUCCUCAUCUCUCUCUGUCUACUCCAUCGCCAGUACCUUCCUACCCAGCCCCUCCCCUGACUCCACAGACUCUACCACACGCAUAGGUGUGGCCCGUGGCAAGCCCAGCUGGCUGCUACCUCCCUGGGCACUGCAAGUCAUUUACCCCCUGGUUGUGUUGUUGCUGGGGGCCUGCCUGGCGGUAGUAGGCCUCUAUGGGAGUCACUUCUCUAGCUCAGUGGUCCUGAUGUGGCUCCUCUCAGCCCUGUCUGCCUUCCUCACCUCCGCUCUGCUGCUGGAGCCUCUCAAGGUGUGUGUGCAGGCCUUGUUCUAUGCUGUGGUGUUAAGGCCUGUAGACCCCGAGGUGAACGAUCGGCUGGGGCAGGAGACCGUCAUUAAGAGAGAGGGGGGCAACCAGGGGGGCAAGGUGCACCCCCCUUGUGGGUUCGGCCUACUGCAAGCCAAGGAGGAGGCCAGGAAAGUGAGAGCGCUACGAUCCCUCAUGAAGCACUGUGUGGGCCACAUGUUGUUCCUGUUGGUGGUGUUGAUGGUGAACUACCAGGACAGUGUUCAGGAGACCCAGGGAAGACUGCUACACUCUGCCGUCAAACACUCACUGACCACCAACCUCAACACCAUCACUGGGUGGGAGGGGGCGUGGCAGUGGAUGGACAAAAUCCUGGUGCCACACCUCCAUCAGAACCCCGCCUUCCACCUGGUGGGGUUACCACGGAUAUGCUGUAUACACACUCCAGACCAUAAUAAUGGAGUCUUUCUGGGGAACAGCAGUUUUACCACACGCCAGCUUCUCUCUGUUCUACACAGCACACACUGGACCACAGCACAGUUAAAGGCUGUGUCCAUUGACUUCACCCAGUACCACAGAGAGACGAGUCUGUUUGUGUGUGUGUCUGUUCUACUAGAGAAGACCCAGAUACACACACUCAUCUCCUCCCUCUCCAUCCAUCCUCUACUCAUCCCCCCAUCCUCCUCAGGACCAGACCUGGAGAUUGCACUCAUGGUGCUUCUGCUCCUCUCUGCCCUCCUCUUUCUGGGGGUGGAGCUAUGGGUCAUGGCUACUGACCGUGCCCAGUACGUGCGUCAGGGCUGGCGCUGGCUACAGUUCCUCCUCGCCUCUUUGUCCCUGGCGAUGGCCGCGCUGCGAUUCUGCUUCCUGUCCCAGGCUGCUUCCUGUCUGUCUCAGCACCGCUCCAGACCAGACUCCUUCACUGAGUUCCACAGCGCCGCCCUGCUGGCCAGGAGGUCCACACAGAUAUCAGCCAUACUGCUCACUCUGCUGGUACUCAAGAUGGUGGGUACUCUCAGGUACGUGCGGAGGUGGGUGGUGUUUGGUCGAGUGCUUCAGCGGGCAUGGAGAGAGAUGGCUGCUGUGGCUCUACUAUUGAUCUUACUGCUGCUGCUCUUCGCUCACACUGGACACAUGCUCUUCUCCAGGUCUGUAGAUGGGUUCCUGUCUGUGUACCAGGCUGGUGUGUCUGUGCUGUCUGUGCUGCGUGGUCGCCUGGUCCUGCAGAGGCUCAGCAGGGCUCACCCUGUCCUCGGACCCCUCUACGCCCUCUCUCUGCUGGCGCUGGGAGGUUGGCUGCUGGCCCGUCUCUCUGGAGCUGUUCUGCUCCGCACAUACAGGGUUGUGCAGGCUGAGAUGUACAGGCCAGCCAUGGAGUCCCAGGACUACGAGAUGGUGGAGUUCUUCAUCAAAAGACUGAAGCUCUGGAUGGGACUCAUUAAGGCCAAGGAGUUCAGACACAGGGUGAAGUUUGAGGGCAUGGUGGUGCCUCCCUCCAGAUCAUCCCAAGGAUCCUUUCUCUCCACCCUCUCCUCCCCCCAUCCCCUGUCCUCCGCCCUCUCCCUGGGUUCCGAAGACUCGGGUAUGUCCGACGCUCCGGGUUUAGACGUUCAGCUCAACCUGGACCGCCUGCUGUCUUGCGUCAACGGUCUGCUUUCACGUUUCGACCGCGUCAACCAGCUGACUGCAGACGUUCAGGGUCUGGAGACCCAGCUCGAGGAGGUGCAGAGCAGGAGGAGGAAGAGGAGGCCGCAGAGACUUGGAAGAAGAGAAGAGACAAGUGAAGAAAGAGGAGUAGGUGGAGGGGCGAUGGGCAGGAGGACAGCUCUGCUACCCCCUCAUUCUCACAUCUCCCUCACUUCCUUAUCUCCUUCUUUAAACCCCAUUACCCUUCUCUCCUGCCCUCCCUCCACCAAUCCUUCCCUCCCUCGUGUUCACAGCUCCUACUCCGAGUCUGUCGUUCUCCAGCUUCACCCACACCCACCCAGGGACACUCACCUCUCCGAGGCAACCAAACCCACACAAAGGAGCCCUGGCCUGGGCUUGGGCACCGGGCCUUCCUGGUGUCCUGGAGCCAGGCAGUUUCCUAGACGUCGAGCCUGGCACUCAGGGAGUUCUCACUCAGCUGAUGCAGCUCAGAGGCCCCCCCAGGCCCCUGGUGGAGGUGGUAGUGGGGUCAACACGAAGGCCAGGCCCUGUAGUGAGGAGGGGGACAGGAGACGCGCCAGCGAGGGAGUGCCUGUGAAGAGACGGGCCUGGAUCUCAGAGGGGCCUGAGACAGACAUAGACUGAAACUGAGAGAGGGACUGAGACAGAGAUUAAAGAGCCUAUUACUGUGGGUAUACAGUAUCUAGUGUAUGAACCUCUAAGGUUCCAGCUAUGAAUUGCGCAGUACUACUUCAAGAGACAGGUUUUCCCACUGUUGUCUACCUCUUUACUAGAGCUUCUGCAUGAGGUAUUCUACAUACGUAUGCUGAGGUUGUAUACCUUGUACUUCUUGUGCAUCUACUGUAUAAUAAACAUUUAAAAUAGAGGAUUAUUUUGUAAUCUCCAAGAACUGUGGAUUAUAUUAUCCUCUUAUCUGUAACAAGUAGUGACACACCGCAUUAAAUAAUCAACAAGUCAUUUGUUUACGUUGUGAAUUUCCUCAAAUGUCAAAACAAAUCACAUUUCAUUUGUCUC